CGUCGGGGCGGCGCGGCCCCGCGGCGGGCGGUGACGCCAGCGGGCGCCCGGCGCGGCGCGGCGCGGCGCAGCCCGGCGCGGCCCCGCUGGGUCGCGGCCGCCGUGUGCGAGGGCGCGAGAGCGGGCGGGGCCGGGCCGGGCCGGAGCGGAGCGGAGCGGAGCGGCGGCGGCGCGGCGCCGGCAGCGGAGGCGCCGCGGGGCGGCGGGCGCAGCGUCAGUACUUUAUAUGGACUAGUGGUACUGGCUCAAGAGUAACGGUGGAGAUCAGCAUUAAGUCUGCGCCCCUGGACUGAUUUGCAGACCUGAGGCUCUGGAUCCACCUCCCACUGCUGGUGUUUUGUUACUGCUUAUGGUAUAGCUGGUGAUCGUCCUUGAGAAGAGAGAAGAUGAUGAGUGAUGCAAGUGACAUGCUGGCUGCCGCUUUGGAGCAGAUGGACGGCAUUAUAGCAGGUUCGAAGGCGCUGGAGUAUUCCAAUGGCAUAUUUGACUGCCAGUCCCCCACUUCGCCCUUCAUGGGGGGCCUGCGAGCGCUGCAUCUGGUGGAGGAUCUGCGAGGCCUACUGGAGAUGAUGGAGGCGGAUGAAAGAGAAGGGCUGCGAUGCCAGGUCCCAGAUUCGACGGCAGAGGCUCUGAUUGAGUGGCUCCAGAGUCAAAUGACUAAUGGACACAUAUCUGGUAAUGGAGAUGUAUAUCAAGAAAGGCUGGCACGUUUGGAAAAUGAUAAGGAAUCUCUUGUUCUGCAAGUAAGUGUGCUUACUGACCAGGUAGAGGCCCAGGGAGAAAAGAUUCGGGAUUUGGAGUUCUGUCUAGAGGAACACAGGGAGAAGCUGAAUGCCACGGAGGAAAUGCUGCAGCAGGAGCUUUUGAGCAGAACAUCCCUUGAAACUCAGAAGCUGGAUCUUAUGGCAGAGAUUUCCAAUCUGAAGUUAAAGCUUACGUCUGUAGAGAAGGACAGAUUGGACUAUGAGGAUAGAUUCAGAGACACAGAGGAUUUGAUCCAGGAAAUAAAUGAAUUGCGAUUAAGAGUGGGAGAAAUGGACAAUGAAAGACUCCAGUACGAGAAAAAACUUAAAACUACCAAAGAUGAACUAGCAGCUUUGAAAGAGAAACUGGAGCAGAAGGAAGCUGAGGUAAAAAGGUUGCAAGAAAAACUGGUUUGCAAAAUGAAAGGAGAAGGAGUUGAGAUACUGGACAGAGAUGAAAAUUGUAAAAAGAAGCUCAAAGAUAAAAAUAUAGAGGUACAGAAAAUGAAGAAGGCGGUCGAAUCUCUGAUGGCAGCAAAUGAAGAGAAGGAUCGGAAGAUAGAAGAGCUUCGGCAAUCUCUGAAUCGGUACAAAAAAGUUCAAGACAUGGUGAUAUUGGCUCAAGGUAAAAAAGGCAAGGAAGGCGAUGGUGAAGAGUUCCUGAAUUCAGGGUCUGUUUCCACGGUUUUAUUGGAUACGCCAAGUCUCACUGACCCAGAGAAAAGUCCAUCCUCAACCCCAGGAACAGUGUCUCCAAGCCACGAGGAGUUUAACAUGAAUGUUCACGAAGAGAAUUCCUUACAGAUCCACACCAGUAUUUUACAGAUUUCAAUCCCUUCUUUUUCACCAACAUCUAAGAGCUCAGAAACUGUUGCAGAGAAAGUAAAAGCACAGCCUAGGUCAGAAGCUACAAGUGAAAUGAGCGAAGGGAGACCAGCAGGUUCCUCCCCAGAAACUCAGCUGAGUGACAGCCCAGUAAGCUGCUCCCUGCACAAGUCCAGCAGCCUGAGCAGUCUGAAGAAGGAGGCGUCGGAAGCGGCAUUCACCCGAGGCUCUCAUGCUGUGUUUUUCUCGGAUAAUGAGGACAAGGAGCCAGCGCAGAAGCCAGCAGAGCAGGUUAAACCUCCCGUGGAAGGUAGCAAAUUUGGGACUCUGCCUCCAAAAUCUCCUUCUCAUGGUGGCACAGGAGAUGAGGAUAGCUUUGGCACUCGUAAAGCCAGGUCUUCGUUUGGACGAGGCUUUUUCAAGAUAAAAAAUAACAAGAGGACAGCAAGUGCUCCCAACCUGGAUCGCAGUCGAAGCGCGAGUGCACCUACUUUAGCUGAAACAGAGAAGGGAUCUGCAGAUCACUUGGAUCUGGCUGGUUUGCCCCCUCGACCAAAAGAAACUGAGAGUUUGCAGAUGACGCCACCUUCUCCGGAUUCCAAGAAAAAGGCCAGAGGAAUCAAGAAGUUAUUUGGAAAACUUAAAAGGAGUCAGUCCACCACCUUCAACCCAGAGGACAUGUCUGAGACGGAGUUCAAAAGAGGAGGGACAAGAGCUACUGCGGGGCCGCGGCUGGGCUGGUCACGCGACCUGGGGCAGUCUCACAACGAGCUGGACAUGCCAUUUGCAAAGUGGACAAAGGAGCAGGUUUGCAACUGGCUCCAGGACCAAGGGUUAGGCUCUUACAUGAGUAAUGGCAAACACUGGAUACUGUCUGGGCAGACACUUCUGCAGGCUUCUCAGCAGGAUCUGGAGAAGGAGCUUGGGAUAAAGCACCCAUUGCAUCGGAAGAAACUUCAGCUUGCUCUUCAGGCGCUAGGGUCUGAAGAGGAAAACAAUCAUGGAAAACUGGAUUACCACUGGGUUACCAGAUGGCUGGAUGACAUUGGACUCCCCCAGUAUAAGACUCAGUUCGAUGAAGGAAAGGUGGAUGGCCGAAUGCUCCAUUACAUGAGCGUGGAUGACUUGCUGUCCUUGAAAGUUGUUAGCGUCCUCCACCAUCUCAGCAUCAAAAGAGCCAUUCAGGUUCUGCGAAUAAAUAACUUCGAACCCAACUGUCUGCGCCGGAGGCCAUCUGAUGAGAACAACAUCACCCCUUCGGAGGUUACGCAGUGGACCAAUCAUCGCGUGAUGGAGUGGUUACGCUCUGUUGAUCUAGCAGAGUAUGCACCUAAUCUGCGGGGGAGUGGUGUGCAUGGGGGACUGAUGGUUUUUGAGCCUCGUUUCAAUGUAGAAACCAUGGCACAGUUGCUGAACAUCCCACCAAACAAGACGCUGCUGAGACGGCACUUGGCAACUCAUUUCAACCUACUUAUUGGUCAAGAGGCUCAGCAGCAGAAACGCGAAGCCAUGGAGUCCCCAGACUACGUCCUCUUAACAGCGACUGCCAAAGUAAAGCCAAAGAAACUUGCCUUCAGCAAUUUUGGGAGUUUGAGGAAGAAGAAGCAGGAUGAUGUGGAAGAGUAUGUAUGUCCUAUGGAACUGGGGCAGGCGUCUGGAAGUGUGUCAAAGAAGGGUUUUAAGUCUGGCCUGGAUAUCCGAGUAUAUGACGAUGACGAUUUGGACAGGCUGGAACAGAUGGAAGAUUCAGAAGGGACAGUGAGGCAAAUAGGAGCAUUUUCUGAAGGCAUCAACAACUUGACACACAUGUUAAAAGAAGAUGAAAUGUUUAAAGACUUUACGACUCGCUCUCCUAGCACCAGUAUAACAGAUGAGGACUCCAACGUGUGACAGUAACCACGGGGCACUGAUAAAGGCUCACUUUCCUACGUGCAAGAAACAUCAUUAUUAUUUGUGAUGAGCAACAGAUCAUGUACAUUACAUUGCUCUUGCUUCUGUUUGUUAGAAGUGAUAUUGGGGGGUGGAGAAUUAAAAAAAAAAGAAAAAGAAAAAAAGGUGCCUACUUUAAAGUUGCCAUAAGAAACACCCAGACACUGGUGAAUGCUAAUUGUUUUUACUAUAUUUAAUGUACAAAUUGAUGAUAUGUUUCAGAGUGUUGCAUUUAAAUUUACAUGUUAUCAUAAUGCUCCUUUUGCGUAGUCAUUUCCUGAGGUAUUCCUUUACACUGUUCCAAGAUAACACAAGAUGUUAGGUAGAAAUAUUGCAUCUGUAGAUGUCGUGCAUCAGCUUUCUCUAGGGUAUCAGCUGAGAAAAGAUGUCAUUGCUGUCCUUUUCAAAUGGAUUUGUCCAGCACAAAUACCAGUUCUGCCUUUCCCACAGUAUCCAACAUAGGAGUUUAGUUAUUUGUGCCCUGCAUAAUCUCCCAGGUAACUCUUAACUGUUGCUCUUAUUUUUAUACUGUUUUAUAUUAAAAAAAAAAAAAAAAGAGGAAAGUAUAUGAAGUACAUAUAAAAGCAGAAAUUUAAAUUUUGUGACAUAGAGUGAUGGAAAGCUUGAGAUAUGGGGGAAGGGGAAAGCGUUGUAAAAAGAUUAUCCCAGUUUGCAUACCAGCUGGUUACUGGAAAAGGCAGGCUGACCUUUGGAACUGUUUGCUUUCUUUCCUUUUUGCAAAGUGCACAGUUUAAUGAUCUUCCAUUUUGGGGUGAAGCAGUUAUAAAACAUAUUUCCUCUUGCAGUGACUCUUUCAGUAACUGCAGAUUUAAAAGCGUCUUCUUUCUUGCUCCCAGCAGCAGUUUAGCAUUCAGACAAGGUUAUUAACACUUCUGUGACUUCAAAAUAUUCUGGAGAAUUUUCCUCUUGAAGUUGAGAGUACUCCUUGCAUAUGGAAGGGAUAUUUCUGUGCUGUGACUAACGUAAAGAUGGUGUAGUUGCAAAAAAGUAAAGUUAUAUAGAGAAAUGUAUAGGAAAUAUAUUAUUUCAUAAUAUUAAACCUAAGGUGGGGCUUUUCCUCAAAAAAUCAAAUAUCAAACAUGUUGCUCAUCAUUUUACCUUCUUAAAGCACAAGUCUGUUCUGCUUUGAAGAUCAGAUUUCAUAAAUCGUAACUAGCCAGUGGAUAUCUUUUGUCAGACUUUCUGUAUUACAAGGUGUCCUAGCCAAAAGCAAACAAAAAAGUAACUCUGUUUGUUGAAAUGGUCAUUUGUAUGGUGCUGAAUGUUGCAUGUAUUUUAGCACAAUGGCAUGAUGCUUCUUUGCUUUGUACAGGAAAAAAACACAGCUAGAAUUGUUCCUUGCAAUGUUGUUUUGCUUUAACAGGAGUUUGUCACUCAUUUCAUCACUAUUUUUGUUGGAAGGGAGACUGUUUUUGACACAUCACUUAUAUGGGAUAAAGGAUGUUAGAUUUGUGCUGACUUUGGUAUUCCUGAAAUAUUGUUACCAAAGUUAGGAAAGGAAGAAAGAUUCUUUAAGGAGUUUCAGAGAUGCCCUCAUCAGAUGCUGGGGUAGAUUGGAGACAUAUUCUACCAUUAUAUUAUUAUAAGCUUAUAAGCUAUUACCAGUCUGGUUCCUUGAAGGAUGUGUAGUUUAGGCUAUUAUUUAUGUACAGAUGAAAAAUUUGAUGAGGACCAGUUGUGUUAUAUAUAAUGUCAAGUGCUGCCAUUUUCUCUUUCAUAACUGGAGCCAGGCAAACAGUCCAUAAUGUACUCAGAAAAUAGUUUAUACCACUUACGGGUUGUCUACAAAAAGAUCACAACUGAUAUAUUAUUCAACAUUUCUGACUAAACAAUAUCCACAAAUAAUUUGCAUAUUCCUCUGCAGUUUUGCAAGUGCUUGAGCUAUUUUAGGCAGAUAUAUCACAUUCUGUAAGGCUUAGUGACAGCUUUCAGGUGCAAAUACCUGUGAUGCAAUACACGGCUUGCUUUCUGUGAAUAAUCUGCAAUAUGGUUGUUAUUUACAUGUAAGUUGGGCUUGGGACUCUGCUCUGCCAAAUGUUGCAGAAGCAGCAGAAGUCGUGGUGUGGGCUUCUGAGCAAAGCGUCCCAGGAUACUCACUCUUCUAGCAGACUCUCUGGCUAGUCAACGUGACGACUGGAUAUUCACAGGAAAAAAAGGGGCUAGUGACACAAUAUUACAUACUGAAGUAGCCACAAACAAAUAUUCUCAGAAAGAUUUCAUUUAAAUCCAGUGCUGUUAAUGAGCGUAUCAACAAUUGCAUAUGAACAUUUGUUUUUAAGUCCAGUGUAAAUAGAAUUCUAUUCAGAACAAUCCUUUUCUGCAUUUACUGGUUGGAAAACAGGUUGUCCCUUCAAAGCUACCUAUCAUCUGAACUUUGAUUUUUUUUUUUUUUUUUAAUGGGGGUAUAAUAUGAAAGCAAGUGAUAAAAGUCCAGAAGUUAACAUGCACGUGUGCACACAUUUGGUACCAUUGUGGUAUUUUAAUUCGUGUGUUUUUGAAGAGGGCAGCAUAACUACUGUGUAUUGCCAUGUAAAAUCCAAUAAAACCUUUGGAAAAUGCCAAA